CCGAAUCCGCGCGACUGGUCAAUGCAACAAGUGCACCAACUGCUGGAGUUGGGCGGCGCAACCUUUUUGAAUUUCCUAAUUACGGAGAAUUUCGAAUUAAUCAGCGAUUUGUGUGAAAUGGCCGCCGCGCAGACAGCCGCGCAGACAGCCGCGCAAGCGACGCGCGAAGCCGCUGUCGAGUUGGACGCAUUAUGGUUGAAUGCGCUGCUGCAACAUGCCAGCGCGCUCAACAAGCAUUCGAUCCGCGCGCUUCCGCCUCUACUACUGCGCUUAUGCAACGCCACAAGGACCUCCGUUACCGGUUGUAAUCUCCAAAUAGCUCUACUUAGUUACAAUUAUUGCAGCGCUUACACACGCAACAACAAUGCGCGCGCUUUGCAAGUGCGUUUGGAGCGUUUAGCGCGCCGCCUUGUAUUAAGCUGCAGCGCGGCGCCACUACAGCGUCAGCAGUUAUUGCAGCAAUUGACAGAAUUGGCUGGGGCUCGCAUAACGGCCACUGGCAGGCAGCUCAUCAACGACGUUCUGGCAGCAGUUGUUGUUGGACACUCAAGAAUGCAAACUGGCUGCUCAACCAUUAGCAUCGCUGGCGAAGGAGCAACAGCUUCAGCAGCGCAUAAUUGACGAGAAGUGGCUGUUGAGCCAGUUAAUUAAAUUCUCCGCACAAUCAGACUAUAGCGCCCAACAACUAUCGCGCAUACUACUGGAGAUACAAUCCGAGCAAAAACUCUACAAAAUAUUCAACAGCAGUGAGUUUGCGGUGGCGCGAGUGUUGCCGCAUGCAAUUGCAAGCUCAAUGCAAGCAAUGCUGGCCGCCUUCCGCAACAAUUGCAUACAGCAUAAUUCACAUAUACACUACAUGCAACCGAAUCCAUUAGUGCGCGUUACGCUGGCCGUCUUGAUGACACGCAUUAGCGAGGAAAUUGCUGCAGCAGCCAGCCGAAGCGGCGACUUAUACAUACCAAUUAUAGCAACAGUGGGCGCAGGUGUUGCAGCGGAGGUGGUGCCGAUAAGCGGUGAGACUCAGGUGCAUGUGGCAAGUGAUGAUGGUUUUUAUCUGUGCGACAGUGUGGCCACACUGUUGGAGCAUGUAAAGAAAGUAGAGGACACUGCGUUGCUUUACAUCGAGUCCAGAUUCAUUGAUAAGUUUGUGCGUGAGCAACUUUUGCGGCACGAACAUAUGGCAACACUGUUAGGCUUCUUGAAUUGGUGUUGCUUGCAAGCGCAGCAACUGUUACAACGACAGCAAGAGCAACAAUGUCAACAACAACAAUUUACGCUUGCAUUGUUGCAAUGUAUUGCGGCGCUGUUGCAACAGCGCUUCGUCUGGAUGGAACUUAAUCAAAUGGAAAAGCCAAGCGCCGCAUCGACAACAACAGCAACGCCGGAUGGCAAUGCCGCUACGUCGAAUUCCACCACUGCUGGCAGUCUCUUGUCGCCUCAACAGCGCAAUUUAUUGCUCUGCCGUGUGCUGGACGUCUUGGUGUUGGCCGCCAGACAGUCGCUGCAACACACCAUCUUCUACAAGCAUUACAAGCAACAAGCGAUGUUGGUCGACGGCAGAGGAAGUGCCGAUGGCGAUGCACCCAUUGACAGUGAACAGCAGAAUAUCUUCAAUGCUUUGUCUGCGGCAGCGGCUGCCACGGCGCUGGAGGGCGCUUUACAAACAAAAAGCAACGAAGCGGAAGUCAGUGAUGUUGCCGUCGGACGGCUGUUGCAAGCUUAUGCACCGCAGGCUGUUUUCAUAGCGAAAUUGAUAGAGAUGCGCGCGGCAGAGACGAUGAUUGGCGCAGCACACCUUUCAACCGCUUAUCUCACGGGUAGCACAGGUAACGGCAUCUUUUCGUUGGGUAGCGCCGGUGGUGCAUUGAAUGGCGGUGGCAGCAGUGGCAUGGGUAUGUCCGCAGGUGCUACGGGUGCCGUUGGUGGUGGUGCAGCGAGUGGUGUACGUACGGAGUUCGACAAUGGUAGCAACGCGUGUGGCAUCCCAAUACCAAUGCACAUUUUGUCCAUGAUUGGUGUCGCCGUGUUGCGCACGCAUCAGUUUUAUGCAUACGCCGUAACGCCAUUCGAAAUAAUACAACAACAACAACGCGAAUUGCGUAUCGAACAAUUGUCACCUGCCAAACGUGCUGGCCAAACGUCACAAACAACAACCUCGGCAGCAGCAGCUUCGAGUGGCAAGCUGCCAACGAUUCCCGUGGAAAGUCUCAGUGAUGUAGAUGUGCUUCGGAAAUUCGUGAAGAGAUUAUCAAUUUUUGGCUUUACCACACGUCAACAAUUCGAGGAGUACUUUAUGACAUUCCUGCUAUUAAUCAAUAAAGUUUACGAUGAGAAUAUGGUUGACGAGCAGGAGCAAUUUCAAAUAAGAUCCACAUGCUUGGAAGCGAUUUUGGAACUUUUAAUUACAUACAAAACUUUUCCAAUUGUGGGUAAUAAACUUUCGUAUUUUCAUCAUACGACACGGUGGACUCGCAUUAAUUGCGACAGCAUUAGCUUGAAAAAAUUACACAGAGUGCAGCUACUCGUCUCCGAGGCCAACAUCUUCUAUCAUCCCAAUUUGGAGCGCCAACUGCGCGCUGACUACGGUGCGCGCACCAACUACAGCAGCUUCGCUUGCCGCCUGCGUGACAGCGUCAUUGGCACUCACCAAUUUCGAGUCAAUCAAUAUGAUUUCAAUUUUAUGUGGCAACAAAUGGAAGCGUACGCACAAUACACCGUCAACAGCAGCGCGCCGGAUGCGGAACUGCCGAGCGGUGGCGGCGAAAUUGGCGCCAGCACAGAGCGGCGCUCAAAGCGCGGUGCAGUCGGCGACCCGAAGGAUGGCGAGGAUGUGGCAACGAAGAAUUACCGCUACUUCACGGCGCAGUCAGGCGUGGAUUUCAAGAGCAGCACGCAGCUGAUUUUUGAUGUGCUAAUGCAGAUAAUUGAGCACAAUCACAUAUUGGUCUUACCAAAUCUGGUGAAAUUCACAGAAAUUUGCGAAAGUCGUGAUCAAAUCAAAUGGAUUAAGGAGAAAGCUUUAAAAUUGCAAGAGACAAUACCAAUGGAUGACACCAUUUCACAUCAGCACUUAAUCUACUUACUGUGCAAAACGCAAGCCAUGCUGAUACCCACCAUCGGUGAAUUGCAACAAUUGUGCCAGCUCAUUGGCAAUUAUUUGAAGAGUUCACACAUCUUUAUACGAAAUGCAACGCUGGCCGGUCUGCUCUGCCUGCUCGAAUGUUGCUCAAAGACCAACACCACCAUCGGCCGCUUGAGCGAUGAGUUGGCGUUGCUGCGCGACCUGAUUGUGGGCUACAUCAAUCGUCAUGGGAUUAUCGAUGUUAGCGGAAUGCAAUGCAGCGACACACAUACAAAACUGGUUUGGACACUCAAUUAUUGUCUCAUCGAAUGGACAUCGAAAUUCGUGCCACAAUGUCACCUGCUGUCGAAUACAGUAAUUGCAGCUGGUAAUUUCCUGAAGAAGACCAAUAAUGAGGAUGUCUACUUGUGUGUUUUGCAUGGUCUCGAGCGCAUGGUGGUCAUUAGUAAUACCGGUACUAGUGGCAUGAGCAUAUCCGGCGCGUCGGGUGUCAAUAGUACCGUUGGUAUACCAGCUGUCGGCAUAAUGACGCCAAUGUUGCGCAACAAAAUCGAAAAAUUAGCAUUGGAAUUGGUUAAGCUGGAGAAUGAGCGUUUCUCAAUACCGGCGCUGCAGUUGCUGCUCUCCUGCAUGUAUGUGGGUUCAGCCAAGCAACUGGAAAAUACGGAACUCUCCAACGGCAUUGUCCAAGACGAACCAGAGAUAAUCGCCCAACAGACCGAUAAAGUCGAUAUACUGCUACAUUGUAUUAAAUCAUCAACGCGUGAUGCCGCCUGGAUUUAUGGACAAGUGUUGUGCCAAAUUAUACGUGAUUUAGUGCCACCGAAUGAAAUAUUGACGAAGGUCAUAAAAGAGUUUCUCGCCAUAAAUCAACCGCAUUGUGAUGUUAUUGCAAUGAUUGUGUAUCAGGUUUUCCGCUGCGCCAUCGAUUCAACAUUCUUGCAAGUGUUGCAAGACUGGCUCAUAUGCUCGCUGCCCACAUUCCUGGCCUUACCUGAACAAAAAGCUGUCUGGUGUCUGAGCGUCAUCUUUUUAUCCGCUUCCAUAAAUCUGCAUUUGAUUAAACUAUUUCCGGUGUUGCUGAGCACCGGUGCUGCCGCAGCUGCCACAGCAGUUUCAACAACGGGCGUUGCAGGCGCUAGUGGAGGCGUUAGUAAUCUUGAUGCUACGACGGCAGCUGGUCGUACGCUCAGUGCUGGAGCCGGUGCGGGUGAUGGUGGUGCUGUUGGAGAAUUCCAUAAAUUGGGUCAACAUGAAAUUGCUUUGUUCGUGACAGCUGCCGUAGAUUUUCAUGCGAAAUUGAGUGCGGAGCAGCGGCUGCGUUUCCGUGAUGCCUUUGAGAAAUGCUCACACCGGCAAACGGUUUACGCCCAGCUGUUGCAGAGUCUCUGAUUUAGUCACGCAUAGUGUCAGCAACGGCAAUGAAAUCAGCCAAUAACCCAUUUUUAUUGUUGUUGUUGUUAUUGCAGUUGCCAUUAUCGUUAUCAUUGUAGCCGUAAUAUGCGUAUUAGUUGAGCGAUGUUGCCGGUGUGGCGAGAAGCAUAAAUGACCUGCACAAGCGUGCUGUUGCACUUUUGUUUGCCUGUGUGUGUGUGUUAAAAUCUGUAUACUUGUAUGUGUGUUUAAAUGAGGUCCUUCUUUCAUCAUCGUGUUGCUGGCAGCUUUGGCAGCAGGUUUAAUUUAAUGGUUAAUAUAACGGUAAACCACUUAUAAAUAUAUGUAUAUAGGUAGGUAUACCCUCACAGAUAAGCGCUGCGGUUUCAUUAAGUUGAAAGUGUAUACAGGUAAUCUAAUUUGUUGUUGCUUUUGUUUUAUUUCGGUGGCUGUUUUUUCUGUGUCGAGCAGAGUUGAUUUAUGCAAGAUUUAUGAAAUGAGUUUUUAGGUUAGAAAAUUGUAUUUGAAGUGCAAAAUUAUUAUAUGUAUGUAUUAAGAUAAAGAAUGAAAGAGUAUUUUUCGCUGGUUGGCUGGCUGGUGAGGAUAAGGGUAACAUCAGUAAAUAUAAUUUAAAAUUUAAAAUUACUUUCCCCCCUCCAUCUACUACUACUUAUACUUUAUCUGCAAAAUAUUAUUGUGAAAAUCGACAGAUCGUUGCCACACAUUUUCCUAAUUGAACAAAAUAUAAUAUUCCUUAAUUGUAUUCAAUUUAGCAUAUAAUAAGGCAAUUAACUAAUUGCGCCGUUAUUUAUUUAUUUGGCAAUUUACUAAUGUAAAAGUCCUAUGCAAAAUAAAAUACCAUUUUGACAGCUGUCAGAUACUAUGUAAUUGUUUAAGGUGUCUGCAAAAUAUUUUUAUGAAAGCAGAAAAAUCGGGAGAGAAUAAAAAUCAGUAAAGAAAUCGGCAGUCCAUAACCGACUCCGAAUUGGCAGUAACUCAUCUUAAUUGUUCUCAAUUUAGCAUAUAAUGAGGCAAUUAACUAAAUGCGUUGCCAAGCAUUUUCCUAAUUGAACAAAAUAUAAUAUUCCUUAAUUGUACUCAAUUUAGCAUAUAAUAAAGCAAUUAACUAAAUGCGCCUUUAAUAUUUAUUUAGUUGACUAUUAACUAAUGUAAAAACCACAUGCAAAAUAAAACACCAUUUUGAUAACUGUCUGAUACUAAAUGCUUAAAGGGGUAAGCGCCUUCAAGUACGCCAUAACUAGGACAAUUUACGCUGAGAGUGAAGAAAAAAGGAAUCGAACAUCUUUCAAGAGUUUAAAUAUUCUAGCGAAAAAAUUAGCAGUAUUUAGUUUAAAAAAAAGUUGCAGUUUACUAAGUAAUAUUCCUCUGAAGCUACAGCUAAGAUUUCAAGUAGAUCGAGAAAAUGACUACAGCGGCUUGUACGAUGUUUAAUUUUUUCUACUAUUCUGUCAAUUGAAAAUUGGUUUCGGAACCCUAAAGUGUACUUUAAGCCAACUUUUUUUAAAUUUAUUUUAGUUCCUACAUUCGCCUAAACCCUUAAGCUUAAUUGAGUAUAUUUAAACACGUAAAACAUUGAGUUAAUUUACAUCCUAAUUAGUUGACUUUUUUUGACCUAUUUAAACAAACCAGUAACUCAAAAAUAUUUAAAAUAUUCAAAUAAAAUUUUAGUAUGGUAUUUUUAAAAGUAUUAUAUAGCUGUAAAGACCAAUAAAUAUGCAAAAAAAAUGUUUUAGUGUGUACCCCUUUAAAGCUUUUGCAACUUAAAUUCAUGUUGUUGCUAUUGCUAAGACUCUUAUGUAGUUUUUAUGCAGAAAAAUAAGUGCUGUGGUACUGCUCUAGUAGUAGGGUAACUGCUUACUGCGCAUUUUGUUUGGCUUUCUCAUUUAAAUUUUGAAAGGAAAAAUUAAAAAAAAUAUUUUUAGAUUUAAGAAAGCAAAAUAAGUAUGUAAGUAAGGUGUUAAUAAUUACCUCUUUAUCAAAUGGCAAUGGUUUGAAAAGUGAGAUCAAUUGAAUAUUCCAAAUUUUAUUUACACCUAAAUUAAAAUCGAUAAUUUUUGAUCGUUAGGAAAUUUUAAGUAAUGAUAGCUGGAAAAAUAAGAAGCGGUACGUUUUUUUUAUUGAACGUAAUAAAAAACAUAUAUAUUAUUAUGUAAUUAAAGCACUCGAAGAUUCUAAAGCAAAAUAUUCACGGCCCCCUAUUACUUUAAAGUUUGAGUAGAUUUAUGCUUAUUACCUUAGAUUAUUUAGAUAGAGAUAUUUGCUUGAAAUAAAUAACUAAGCCAAGCUUACAAGUUUUGAAACGACUGACUACAAAUCUAUAUAAACGAAAAACAUGUCCUCUUGAGUAAUACAUUAUAACACUGUUCAAAUAACGCCCGCACAUAUUCUCCGUAUUGAUCGUCUUCCGUUAUUUUAAUUUCCACGCUACGUACUUCUAAAUAUUAUUUAAGUUUCGUUUAAUUGUGCUGCUCGACUAAAACUCGUAUUUACAGUGCGUAAAUGGCAACAACUUUUCCUACAAACGCAAAGACACACACACACACAAGUAUGAACAACCGCAGUCCUCAAAUAUUUUCCACAACUUGUUGUAGUUGCUGCCACAAGUUGAGUGAAAAGCAAAAGUUACUGCAUACAUUUUUCUUCUCCUAACGUUCCCAGUGCUAUUUGAAAAUUGUCUAAGAUAAAGACAAGCGUGAAUAACUAAUUGCCAAGAUUGGCAGCAGCAGCAGCAGCGGCACAAGUGGAAAUUACGCUGGACGACGACAGAUGAGCCUACAUAUAUGUAAAUAAAUUUAGUGGUACUAUAUACCAUAGAUAUGCAAGAGCUAGUUGCGGGACUGCACGUCAACGACUUGGCCUACACUCAUCAACCAAGUCAAUCCAACAAGCGAGAGAUCUCGGCAACCAAAACUUGAGCGCUGCAAAGCCACUAUCACUCUAAAUUUCUUAACACCACUUCACACCAGAACCACGUAGCGUGCACCGCUGACGGUAGCAGAAAUCAAGAAUCCACAAUCCACCGUCCCCAGCAACUGUCCACAGUCUGAAGUGCUCAAAUGUCGCCAGCUCGCCACACUGGACGUCUUGACUGGUUUGGAUGGCCGCGCUGCUCGUAGCACCAUCUCUCAACGCGGAUUCUCUUUUUUUCCGCGUAGAACCCUGCCUUUGCCCACCAAAUCUCGUCUUUGCGCUUGGAAACUGUUGAAUUAACUGCGCUGCACACGUCGAGUAAGCGCCAGCGUCUGUGCACUCGUCGCAGCGUCUGUCAAUGCGAAUGAUAAAAGUUUUUAAUAUUUCGCUCUUUUCUUUCGUUGUUUUUGUUAGUCAAGAAUUAAAAUUAAUUUAUGUCAUACGUAUAUAUAUAUAUUUAGGUCUGUCUCUAUGUACCGCUCUGUAGAAUUAAAUGUAUGUAUCAAUGCGCUGUGUAACUAAUAUUAAAAUUGUUGAAUUGUAAAGCGAGUUCAACAUGGCGCGUAAGAGCGCGGAAGAGUGGUAACGUAAAAUAUAAUGAUUAGCAAGUUUUUAGUUGCGUGCGCCAAGUGGCGGCAGUGAGCGCAGGGCUAUGCGGUAUGUGGGGUGUGGCUGUGUGAAAGCGCCGUUGGCAGCACUUGAGUGAAAUCAAAAAACUUUUGCAAAAUUGUUAUUUGCCUAAUAAGAAAGCUCGCCGCAGCCGAGUGACCUCGGUUGCGAAUGGAAGUUGAUUUAGUUUUUGCGGUUUGUCAAAGUAGUUAGUGUGAAUGGGUUUUUGUUUGCUUAAAGAUAACAAAUUUGAAUUGAAUGGGCUUUAGAAAAUUUCUCAAAGCAAUCCAAGAAGAAAUACAGUAAUAGACAUUCAAAUACGUAAACAUAAAUUUACUAUAAAUGCAAGAAGAAGGUAAAAUGUAGCAGGAGUCUGUGUAUUUGUUACUACGUGAUAAUAAAGCGCCUAAAAUUAAUUAAAAUAUGAAUAUGAAAACUAUUUUUCGGCUAAAGAAAUCUCAUUUGGUUGAAAUUUUAUUGAAAACUUUUUUUGUAAAAGAAAGUUGAAAUGUGUAUUAUGUGAAAUAUGCUAAUUGUAAAAGAAACUAAAUAAUGUAAUUUUUAUAAAGUAAAUUCCAAAAGUAUCACUUGUAAUCACCAUUAGUGUUAUACACUAUUAACUACAUAGUUGAUAUACAAGUAUAUAUGUAGAUAUGUACGUCUGUAGGUAUUACAAGUAUGAAAGCUUAACAAAAGUGUGAAUUUAUAUAUAUAUUAGGGUGAUCUUUAAACAAUCAAACAUGACAAAAACGUUAAUUUCGACGCACUGAAGCUACAAUACGCUUCACAGGUUGCAUUUCGUAUAGCAUAAAAUGAUAUAAAAUAUCUUUAUAUUGAUUUGGAGCGGUCAGUUUGUAUAACAGCUAUAUGCUAUAGUGGUCCGAUCUGUGCAUUUUCUUCGGAAAUUGUAGUGAUGAAUAGAAUAAUAAUCUGUGUCGAGUUUCGUGACGAUAACUUGUCAAAUACAAAAGCUUUGCAUACAAGCACUUGAGUUCGAUUGUGCAAUUUGUAUGACAGCUACAUGCUAUAGUUGUCCGAUAUCUGCGGUAUCGUUUUUCUUGAAACGGUAUUUUCAGAGUCGGUGAGUAGAAUUUCUCUAAAAAGCGGCUAACGCGAUCGACUUUACAUUUUCACAUCAUCUGCUUGGAUAUAUUUGUCAGUUAAUUGUCGAAUGAAUGCGGUUUUUGUUAUCAACUACGAUUUUUUAAACAACUCUGAAGCGUAAAUUUUUUCACAAAAAUCGACUUUUUUUUUUUGGAAAGCUCACCUUGUCAUAAAACUUGAUGUCCUACCCGGUUCCAUUCCAUAGGAAUAAAUUACUUAUGUUAACUGGGAUUACAGUAGUAGCACGCAUAACAAUUAUCUUCGUAUAUUUAAGGCCCACCCUAAUAUAUAUUGAUUAUAAUGGUCAACUUAAAUUCUUAUUAAACAAAAUUUAUAUACUAGCAUAUAGUAUAUACUUUACAUAAAAUUUACACAUUCCCAUGUAUGUCAUUAAAAGAACUAAAAAUUUCUUGAAAGUUUCCAUAAAUCAUCAAUUUAAUUUAAAUUUUUCAUAAACGUCAAUGCAUAAAUGAACAAUCCUAGCGAUAAAACACUAUUAUAUAUAUUUAUUUUAUCAUAACAAAUUAUUAACAACAACUAAUUAAACGCAACUGUAUGCUUCCCAA